AUGGUACAGUGGAAUAGGCCUACUAGUGUCACUGAAAUUUGUAGCUUCUUGGGUUUAGUAGGUUAUUAUAGAAGGUUUGUUGAGAGAUUUUCCCAAAUUUCUAUGCCUUUGACUUGUUUAACACAAAAAUGGGUUAAAUUUGAAUGGUCUGAUGAUUGUGAGAAGAGUUUCCAGGAUCUAAAGAGUCGAUUGGUGUCUACUCCAGUACUUCUAGUUCUAUCCGGAGAUGAAGGUUUUACCAUCUAUAGUAAUGCAUCGAAGAUGGGUUUGGGUUGUGUCCUGAUGCAGAAUGAUAAGUUGGCAAACCUUAGGGUUCAACCCACAUUGAUUAAUAGAAUUAAAGACGCUCAAGGAAGAGAUCCUCAGUUGCAAAAACUUAAGGCUGAAAUGGAAAUAGGGCUACAGAUGGAAUUUUGUAUGCAUAAAAAUGGAACCUUGAGAUUUGGAGGGAGGUUGUGUGUGCCUAAUGAUUUAGAGCUCAAGAGAGAAAUCCUGAGAGAAGCUCACAGUUCAGGGAAAUUGCUCAGUAUGUUGCUCAAUGUUUGUGGACUUCACACUCCUCCUUUGGUAGUCUCAGCUUUGCAAGCUAGACGAUUGUUGAGGAAUGGUUGCGAGGGUUAUUUUGCAUCUGUGAGAGAUAUUCAUGAGACUGGAUUGAAGUUAGAGGAUAUUCUAGUUGUAAAGGGAUUUCCCGAUGUUUUUCCUGACAACUUACCGGGGUUGCCACCAGAUAGAGAGAUUGAGUUUGUCAUCAAAUUGAUACCCGGCACGGGUCCUAUCUCUAGGGCUCCGUAUCGAAUGGCCCAGCAGAGUUAA